AUGAUUGUAAAAUUUCACAAAAAAACUGAGAGGAUUAAAGGGUUGUCGUUUCAUCCUAAGUAACCAUGGCUUUUGGUUGGUCUUCAUUCAGGGGAAAUUCAAAUGAUUGAUUACAGAUUUGGAAGAGUAUUUAUUCAUUAAUAUAAAUUAGACAAUAAAUGAAUUCUACGAGCAUGAGGGCCCUGUGAGAUCAGUUUAAUUCCAUUAAUCUUUGUGUUUAUUCAUUUCAGGAUCAGAUGAUUUUACUGUAAGAGUGUGGAAUUAUAAAACAAAAAAAUGUUAAUUUGUAUUGCGUGGACACUUGGAUUUUGUGAGAUGUGUUAAUUUUCACCCAGAAUUGCCAUGGUGUGUUUCAGGAUCUGAUGAUCAAACAUCUAGAAUCUGGAAUUAUUAAUCUAGAUAGAUGAUAGCUACCGUAACAGGACAUAGUCAUUAUGUUAUGCAUUGUGAGUUUCAUCCAUCUAAAGAUUUUAUGAUUACAUGCUCAUUAGAUCAGACAAUAAGAUUGUGGUCAAUAGCUCAACUUAAAAAAAAAUUUACAUCAAAAAGUGUAAUCAAUUACUUAUAGUUAGAUCUAAUUUGGGGAAUAAGCUAGCGAAUUAGAAUUGGUUUAGAUUUUGGAAGGGCACAGUUAGGGUGUUAAUUGGUGUUCAUUCAACCCUAAAGACAAUACCAUUUUAUCUGCUUCAGAUGAUAAGAAAAUCAAGGUUUGGAAGUACUUUGAUACCAGAGGAUAUGAAGUCGAUUAAUAUGGUGGACACACAGUAAUGAAUAGAUUAUAUUGUAGAACAAUGUCAGUUGUGCUAUGUUUCAUCCCUUUGGAGAAUACUUCAUCUCUAAUUCAGAGGACAAAACUCUAAGACUAUGGGAUAUGAAGAAAAAGGUUGAAGUAGAUUGCUUUACCAAUCAUGAGUUAGAUAGAUUUUGGAUAUGUGCUGUCCAUUAAAGUAACAAUUAUUUUGCAGGUGGUAGUGAUUCUGCCUUAUAUAUAUUCACAUUAUUUAAAAAUAGGCCUGCCAUUGAUUUAGUGAAUAAUAACUUUGUAUAUUUUGGAAAUCGAAAAGUGAUUAAGAUUUUGGAUUUAUAAAAUGGAUCAGAGAAGACAAUUAAAAAUCUGUAAGAGUUAUCAUGUGUCUCUGAUAAUUUGCUUUAAGACAAUGCUGAAUAAGUUCUAUAUAAUGUUUACGAAAAUCAGAAGUCUCAAAUCUUAGUGAGAUUAAGAAAUCAUUCUCAUAAUAAAUCAAAGGGAGUUUCAAAAUAUCUUGUAUUUGAAUAACAAACCAAUGUAUCCUAAUUCUUUUUAGCCAAAUCUGCUAUUUUUAUAGGCAAAUCAAAAAUAUUGAGAUCCAAAGAGAGUUCUGAAAUAGAGAUUUAUAAUUUUGAAACAGACUCUCACACUCCAUUAGGACACAAAACUGAUCGUCUAUUCACUUUUACUGGAGGAAAAGCCCUUUAUUAUUCGGAGUCUAUGAUUAAUGUGCUGGAUCCAAUUGCUAAUAAAAUAAUAAAUCAGAUUGCUUGUACUAAUGAAUUUCAGAAUAUCAGAUAAGUCAAAGUGAAUGAUUAUUGUAUUUUAAUUCAAACUAAAAACGGAAUAUACAUAUUUACAAAAGAAUUUCAACCUAUUACACAUAUUUCAGAAAAAAUAAAUAUUAAAUCAGUGUUGUUUUUAAGUGAUUAAAUAAAUAUUAUACUUUAUUCAACAAAAAUGCAUUUAAAGUAUCUUUUAUUAAAUGGAGAUACUGGGAUUAUUUGCAGCAUGGAAACAGUGCCAUAUUUGGUUUCAUUUUAGAACAUCCAAGAUAAACCUGGUUUUCAGUAUAAAUUAUUUUAUAUGGAUAAUAUGGACAAAUUACUUAACAUCACUGUUGAAUGUUCUGAAAUAUUCUUCAAAUAUGCCUUAAUUGAAAAAAAUCUUUAAUUUGUUUAGAAUUUCAUUAAGAACCACCAAAAACUAGGAGACCUAAUAAUAGCCUAUUUAUUCUAAAAAGGAUAUUCUAUACUUGCCCAUUAACUAGUAACUGAUAAAAGAGCUAAGUUUCAAUUGGCUCUUUCUUCAAAUAAUUUAGAAAUAGCCUAUAGAACAUGCGAAGACCUUAAAAAUCCAAAAUGCUAUUAGAUGUUACUAGAAGAAGCCAUGAGAUAGGGAAACCAUAAUAUUUACGAAGUUUGUUAAUAGAAGUUAAGAGCAUCCUAAGAAUUGUCCUUUCUCUACAUAAUCACAGGUUAAUUGGAGAAACUUAAUAUCAUAAGCAAUAUUGCACAGGAACAAAAUAACUUAGAUCUAAGAUUUUAGACCUUAUUAACUAUGGAUAAUUUGAAACAAAGAAUUUCAUUCUUAAAAGGUUGCAGUCUGGAUAAAUUAGCAAAUCUUAGUUAAAUGGCUCAUGGAUUAGAAUUUGAAGCUAAUAAAAAUUGCGCUGAAGAUAUUGAAUGGAUACAAUCUUUAAAACCUGAAGCGAUAAUCACUCCAUAGCCUAUAAUAAAAUCAAAUAAACAUCCUUUAUUCUCAAUGAAUUGGCCUCACAAUUUUGUAGAUGAAGAUGAAGUAUUCAAAUUAUCAGGGGAUGAUUCCAAAGUUGCAAAUUAAAGUAAGGUAGAGAUUACUAAUACAAUAACUGCUCAUCAUUAAAAUCCAUUUGAUAAAAAUACAUAAGCUAAACAAAAAAUAAAUUAAAAUAUAGAUAAAACAGAAGAGAACGACGAAUAAUUUGAAGAUUGUUAAUGGGAUUUGGAUGAAGUAGAGCUAUUAGAAAAUAAUGAAUAAAGUCAGGCUACUUUGGAUUAGAAAUCUUUAAUAUAUGGAUAUCCAGAUUAUAAAAAAGGUAUGAGAUUGAUUUUUACUUUAAGCUCUACAGCCAGUGGAAUACUUAAUUACAGAAUAAUAUCAACAAUGUCUUUAAGUUCUUCAAUAAAAUUAUAACUUUGUGAGCUUAACACCUUGCAAAGAUUAUCUAAAGUAGUUAGCUUUGAGGUCUGUUCUAGAAGUACCUUAAAUACCGUUUUUAAUGCCUUCUCCUUUAAUUGUUUCAUCAUCGUAGGAUAAGAUCUAUGUGAAUAAGUCCUUUAAUGAGUUACUCAAAGUAGGGUAUAAAUACACUAGUGAUGGAAAAUUCUAAGAUGCUUUAAAUACAUUCAAAUCCAUUUUAAAAUAAACCAUAUUCUAGAAUCUAAAUAAUGAUGUGGUUCCUAUUUGCUUAAAUUACAUAAUGGCUAUGAAAUGUGAACUUGCAAAGAAAGACAAAGAAAUUUCAAGACAAAUAGAAUUAUCAUGUUAUAUGGCAAUGUGUGAUUUGCAGCCAGUUCAUCGCUCAUUGACUCUGAGAGCUGCAAUGAGUUUGUCAUAUAAAAAUAAGAAUUACUUAACUGGUUCUCAAGUAGCAUAACAAUUAACAAAAUUGCUAGAAUAAGCUCCUAAAGGGGCUGCCUAUUCUAAACCUGAAGUGUUAGAGAAUGUCAAAAAAGUAAUAAAGUAUUAAAUUAAUUAGAUAUAUAAUAAUUGCCAAUAGAAUCCUAAGAAUGAACAUAAUAUCAACUUUGAACCAUUCUAUUUAAAAGAAGGAGUAAAGAAUUUAUGUGCUGAUACACUCACUUAUAAAGAUGAUGUCUAAUAAAUAUACUUUUGUUCAUUCGAUAAGAGUAGGCAUUCAUCAAAAGGAAUCCUAUGCCAAGUGUGUGAAUUGUGUAAAAUCAAUUGA